CGGAAGCGUCUGGAACGCGGCGGGUCCGGCCCCGCGUGGCGCGGCCCAGGGGCGGCCGCGGGCCCGGGGCAGCCUCAGCCGGCCAGGCCUGGCCGCGCUCCGUGCUCAGCCGGCGGUCCGAACACACGCGGCUUGGUGUGGCCCCAAAUAAAGGUGCAGAUGUUGCUGAUCAGACAGCGUGAAACGCAGAGUGUGAGCGACGUGCUCGAGCUGAGCGCAGCAGAGGUGGCACACACCUCCAGAACACGGCCCAGGCCUGGGCAACACGAGUGCGACACAGAAAACAGCCCUCACACAGGCGAGGAGCCCGUGCUGCCGGCACAGAGCUGGGCACCAGCGGCCGAAGGCAACGCUCUGCCUCUGCCAACACUUACACAGGCGGCAAGAGCCGGCACCGCUGCCACUGCCACACAGCUCCCGAGCGCGCUCCCACGGCUGCUGGAACGGGCAGGGAUCACGCAGGGAGCCCUCCCAGCUCCUCUGCUGCCACCGUCCCAUUGUAGCACUGGGGUGGAACGCCGUACAGCAGCAGCAGCUCACCUUCUCCAGCCCGACAAGCAGGAGAGCACUGAGCAAUGGCAACGCCUGGGCUGGGCACAGAGGCCUGCACUUGUCCCACGGAAGGACUGCACACUGCUCAAGAGCAGCGGGCCCGGAACCACCCACGUUCACCCCCCUGUGGGCCGAACGCUACGGAAAACCCCAUUGACCCCAAAACCCCGAGUGCCAUCGCUUGUGCUCAUCCCAAACUGCUGCCCAUGGCAGGAACAGUCCCAGGGCCUGGUCACAACGCUCCACAGAUCAGCUCUGGCACUGGCUGAUGCCAACCGACAGGUUUUUCCUGCGCUGACAGGAGACAACCCCCGUGCCUGCCCCAGCUCACCAUUUGCUUGGCUUUAACCAACAAUUCUUUUGAAGCACAACUGUAGACCAACAUUUUCCUGCUGAAACUGCACCACAUCUAGAGCCUGUCAGUACCAAGCACUCCCAGCACUGCUUCCCUUCCGUCACGCCAACGCAGCGCUCGCAGUGCCGGCUCUGCCCCGCAACAGUCAGCACAGGGGGAGGAUUGAUCCGGGAAGCAGCCGAAUACUCCCCCAGCACCAAGGCUUUUCGCCUGAUUAUCGUUCCCACGGAGGUGCAGUGCCAAUGCUGUGCCUCACACAGGGGUGAUGGGAGCUCAAUGGGUUUGUAAACUCAAACAGACGCGUUGCCCCCCAAAGCUGGCGGCGCCUUUGGGGACAGAGGAACUCAGCACCCUGCCUGGUGGAACACAGCCCUACACUUGUUGCUCAUACACCUUAGUUGAACAUGGCAAACACACGACCCAGCACACCCUGCUGAGCAGACAGGCUCUGGGGCACAAGAAACAGCAUUCCAUGGGUACCCUCAUCCCAUAACUGGGCACUGCCUGACGACCCCCCUGGGCAGCAGCCAAGCCUCCCAGCUCUGACCUUUGAGCUCUGCAGCAACUUCUCUCACCCCUUCCUUGCCUUUAUCAGCUAACUUCAGCAAAGCCAGGCACACGCUCACACCUCCUGCCCACCUUCCACAAACCAUC